AUGGCAUCGGUUUACUCCACACUAACCUACUGGCUCGUGGAGCACCCCAAGAUCGCCAACUUCACGUGGACGGAAGGUGGAACCCUAGGCUCCACCGUAUUCUUUGUCUCCGCCGUAGUCUCCAUUUACCUCUCCGCCACAUUCCUUCUCCGUUACGUCAACAAUGCACUCCCUUCACUCGGUCCACGGAUUCUGAAACCAAUCACAGCCUUCCACAGCCUCGUCCUCUGCCUUCUCUCCCUUACCAUGGCCGUCGGUUGCACACUCUCCCUGUUCUCUUCCCACGCGCCAUCGGGUCUGGGGGCGCGUUUGCUACGCUCGGUUUGCUUCCCCCUUGACGUGAAACCAACCGGACCGCUUUUCUUCUGGGCUCAAGUCUUUUACCUCUCCAAGAUCCUCGAGUUCGGAGACACAAUCCUCAUCCUACUCAGCAAAUCAAUCCAUCGGCUCUCGUUCCUCCACGUGUACCACCACGCGACGGUUGUGAUCAUGUGCUACAUCUGGCUCCGAACACGCGCGUCGAUGUUUCCGAUUGGGAUCAUGGUGAACUCGACGGUCCACGUCAUCAUGUACGGUUACUACUUCCUCUGCGCCGUCGGAUCGAGGCCCAAGUGGAAAAGGUUGGUGACGGAUAGUCAGAUUGUGCAGUUUCUUUUCACCUUCGGGUUAGGUAAUUGGAUGGGCAUAGAGCAUUUCUUCGGGUCGGGUUGCUCGGGGUUUUGGGGAUGUUGCUUUACCGGUGCGUUUAACGCUUCUCUCUUGACUCUCUUCCUCAACUUCUAUUUCAAGAACUAUGUGAAGAAGACAACCUUGGAGAGGUGGGCAAAAAAUGCGAUUGAUUAUUAUUAUGCAAAAGAAAUGAUUAAAUUGUCUUAG